UCUCGCAGUAGGAAAGCGUCAAUCACUCAGCGGGUAGCCAAUCAGCGGGAGCCGCUGGCUGAACUUCCUCCUUUUUUUUGUGGUGUGCGGGGAGAGCGCGGCGCGGCGGCCGAGGUAAACACUGGCUAUGUGAGAAGGGAGCUGUCAAACAGCAGCUUCACCAAGUCCCAGCACCAGCAUCCCAUUACACAACAACAAAACUCUCAGCAACAACAAAAAAAAGAGAGCGAAAAGCAAAAAAAAAGAGAGAGCGGGAUUAAAAAAAAACACUUUUAUUUCUAUUUAUUUCUGGCAAUCAAACAACUGCUACAAAAAAAGACAAGCGAGGGGGAAAGCCAUGGCGACAGCGACGUCCAAUCCCUACAUGCCGAGCAAUAGCAUCUUGUCGUCCAACUCUAUCGUGCACAGCGACUCAGGCGGUAUGCAGCAGGCGACCACGUACCGGGAUCCCUCGAAAAUGGUGCAAAGCGAUUUCAUGCAGGGGGCCAUCGCCAGCAACGGCCACAUGCUCAGCCAUGCACACCAGUGGGUGACGGCGCUGCCGCACACCGAUGCCGGCUCGCCCUGGUCCUCGGCCAUGUCCGGCAGCCCCUUGGGUCAACAGCAGCAGCAGCAGCAGCAGCAGCAGCAACAGCAGCAGCAGCAACAGGACGUGAAGCCGUCGGUGCAGGUCGUGGGCCGGGACGAGCUGCACACGGGAGCCGCUCCGCUGCACCACCACCGCCCGCCUCACUUGCCCCCGCACCAGCCGUCUCACGGCGGCCACCCGACCGCCUGGGGGGCGACGACCACGGCUCACCUGCCUUCCAUGGGCUCGGCCGUUCAGCCUCUGAUCUACUCGCAGCCCGGGGGGUUCACCGUCAACGGCAUGCUGAGUCAGGCGGGAGGGCAGAGCCUGCACCCGGGGCUGAGGGACACGCCGGAGCUGGUGGAUCACGGGCAGCAGCACCACAGCCACGACCACUCGGACGAGGACACGCCGACCUCGGACGACCUGGAGCAGUUCGCCAAGCAGUUCAAGCAGAGAAGGAUCAAGCUGGGCUUCACCCAGGCCGACGUCGGCUUGGCGCUGGGCACCCUGUAUGGCAACGUCUUCUCGCAGACCACGAUCUGCCGGUUCGAAGCGCUGCAGCUGAGCUUUAAGAACAUGUGCAAACUCAAACCUCUGCUGAACAAGUGGCUGGAGGAGGCCGACUCGUCGACCGGCAGCCCCACCAGCAUCGACAAGAUAGCGGCUCAGGGCAGGAAGAGAAAGAAGCGCACCUCGAUCGAGGUCAGUGUCAAGGGAGCUUUGGAGAGCCACUUCUUGAAAUGCCCCAAGCCCUCGGCGCAGGAGAUCUCGACCCUGGCAGACAGCCUGCAGUUGGAAAAAGAAGUUGUCCGGGUUUGGUUCUGCAAUCGGAGGCAGAAGGAGAAACGCAUGACGCCGCCGGGAGGAGUGCAGCAGACGGACGAUGUGUACUCACAGGUCGGCAAUGUAAACGCCGACACACCGCCCUCUCACCAUGGACUACAAACCGCCGUGCAGUGAAAGCAAGACGCUAAACAUAGACUGUUUAGACUGGAUUUUUUAAAAAAAAAUAUGGGACAGAACGAAAUCAACAAGAUCAGGACUAUCGCAAUGAUAGCAGGUUUUCUACUGUGAUUGUGAGGCUGGCGAUUGCAUAGAAUGAGUGCAUUAAAACUGCAGGUGUCUUUUCUUUUUUUAAAAAAAUAUGAAAAAUCUGAACCCUCUUGGCUUGUGGUGAUCGACAGGUGGACCCCUCCCCACUCCCAUGACCCCAGAUACUUCCAGAUAAGUGUGAAUUCAUUCCCCUGCUGUUUCAGAAGGACUGGUUUAUAAAAUAAUUUCCAAUUUGGUCCAGUGAGAUCGGCCGUGGUCGCUGGUUGACUGUAAGGUGCUUGGUAUACUUCCAGCGACUUGUUUUUCUUGGUUCUGUCAGGUGCAUAGGCAACAUGGAAAGAACGAAAAUCUUUCAUUCUGUUAUAUCAAAUAGAGAAACUGUUCUUAAUGUAAAUCACGGCAAUCUGCGGAAGAAAAGGAGAUAAUCCGUACUGACUAUAUAAAAGGAGGACCGGUAAAAGAGGGCCUUUAAAACGCAAAACUUCCGAACAACAUUAAACCUGCAAGGCAGGGAAAUUUUCAAGAGAAAAUAAUUAAAUGGGUUGAUCCAAAAAUAAUGACAGAUGGAACUUUCAGCGGCGAGGCUUGUUGGAAAAGACAAGACAAAGGACUGGGGGAUUUGGGCGAGAAAUCGUCCCAGAUGUGGCUUUGAUGAUUGGUUCAUUAUGUUGUGUUCGACCUCAUCCCCACCCCCCUCCCAACACCAUCCCCCCAAAAAACCUUCGCCCCAAUGUUUUCUAAUUUCACCUCCAGCCGAAUGGAGUAGAAACAAUUUUUAUUAAAAAAGAAAAAGAGAAAAAAAAA